AUGAUAACCGAAGAGUGUGUUAGUAACUCAGAAGAUGAAGAGAGAUUAGUUCAAUUACAAUUGUCCGAAAACGACGAUCAGGACGAGGUGAUUAAUAGGAUUGAUUCAGAUCUUUCGGAUAAUAUCUCAUCACUGUCGGGUGACAACUACAAUGAAGACCCAAGCCAAGAUGUGCUCAACGAUCCUAUCCUUCAAAGCAUGGGGAAUAAAUCGGACCCUUUAUACAUAUAUGAUUCAGAAGACGAAUAUCCAUUCAAAUAUAAAGUACGUUCAAAUGAGGAUGAUCCAUCGCUUCCUAUAACCAGAAAAGAUGUUGACUUCAAUUUACUUUCUAAUAUUGAGAAGAUCGAGGAGGUUCACAAGGAUAUUGAAACUUCGCCAGAAAAGCAGAUAUCUGCAUUAUCAUCAAUAAUCAAGCAACGUGAAGAUAUGAUCAAAUUGAGUAUUAAAAAUCCUAUAUCGCAGCAGCUACUAGAUUUCUUAGUGCGAGACAAAUUAGAGACAACCAAAGACUGGUAUUUUAUAACCGACUCGCCGACUUAUCAGGAGCCAUCUCUGCUAGAUAAAUUCUCAGGGAAACAGAAAACCUAUGGAAUUGAGGAAUUAUAUGUUCAAUUUGGGGUUUGCAAGGCCAAAUUGGAUCCCUCUUUUGCUAUUACAAACUAUAAAAACUUUGAUCAAAUGAAUAAUCGAGUUCCAGUGGAACUUAUGUGCGACGAAAUCCUGCGACACGUCCCCACUACAAAUAAGCGAGAUAUAGCCCUUUCACUGCGUUAUUUUAUCUUAUUUAUUUUAGAUCGUAAGGUAUUCGAAUCAGACGCACUGACUAUGAGUUGGAUAGUAGAUACUUGGAUAAAACAUAGGUUUAGUGACCAUUUAGACGUUUAUCUUUCACUUGUUCCCAAAGAUUGUUAUUUUUUGCACCAUAGAUUCACAAGAUUAUUACCUAUUAAAUCUGAACUAAUAAAGAAGCUUUUCUCUGACCUCACUCCACAAGCGGUGGCCCAAAAGUUUGACGAGCUAAUGGAUCAGAAAAACUGGUUUCAAAUGUUAUACUUUAUAUUAUUCAUCAAUGGCAUUACAGAACUUCCUAAGGGCAGCAACGGCAUUUGGCAUUAUUUCAGAGACUGCAUAUAUGACAUGAAUAUCGAUAAUGUCUCCUCGAUAGAAUUGUCAGUACUAAAAAGUUACAUUAAUUUAUGCAUAAACUCCACAUAA